AUGGCGCCAGCUCAACAGAUCUAUCACGACAAAGGCAAAUUUACUCGCCCCGACAGCACCUUUCGAAAUUUCAUCUCCAAGGAUCCCAAGUCUCAGUUUCCAGCUGAAAAGGGCCGUUAUGCCCUCUAUCUCUCGCCUGGCUGCCCAUGGGCCCAUAGAACAAUGAUAGUGAGGCUUCUCAAAGGACUGGACUCCAUCAUCGAUCUCUACCAAGUUCACUUCCACAUGGGACCCGAAGGAUGGUACUUUAGCGGCGAAGGAGGUUCACUUCCAGAAGAUCCCCUGCACGGAUUCAAAAAGCUCAAAGAGCUCUAUCUCAAGGCCGAUCCCAACUACAGCGGUCGAUACACGGUUCCGGUAUUGUGGGAUAAAAAGGCCGAUGUGCUCGUCAACAACGAAUCUUCCGAGAUAAUCCGCAUGCUUUACUCUGAGUUUGACGACUUUCUGCCCGAGAACCUUCGCGAAGAAAAUCGCCCCGGAGGGGGUCUCUACCCGCCACACCUCAGAGCCGAGAUUGAUGCAAUGAACGAGUGGGUGUACGACACAGUAAAUAACGGUGUUUACAAAGUCGGCUUCUCCAAGUCCCAAGAGUCCUACGAUGAAAAUAUCCGCCCGCUCUUCGCGUCACUGGACCGACUGGAAGAGCAUCUCGGCCACGGCAAACCCUUUCUGUUCGGCGACUCCAUCACCGAGGCAGAUGUACGCUUGUACACGACCUUGGCACGCUUCGACGUGGCAUAUCACAGUGUCUUCCUGUGCAAUCUCAAGUCGAUUCGCCAUGACUAUCCUCGACUUCACAGCUGGCUGCGGAGGUUGUAUUGGGAUCAGGAUGAAGAGGGGCCGCUUCGAGCGGCGUUCUAUCGCACGACUGAACCCAAUAUUGGACGCUAUGCGCUGGGAUAUGCGGACUCCAAGUGGAGGGUUGUAUAUGAGGGACAGGGGCCUUUGAUUGUGCCCGCUGGACCAUUGGUGCUGAUGGAACCUCUGUAA